AAUGAUACACUUGAUCACUUUAAGGGGCAUGUGGCCCAUGCCCAAAUUUCCCUCAAAAUCAAUGUUGACUUUUUUGAGUGAAGAGAUGGAAGCUUUUCCUAAUUCCACACAAUCCCACGUGUGCACUUUACCUGUUUAGUGUAAGAAUCUCUCUUCCACCUAUGAAAGAUAACAGAAACUCAUUCGAAACAUAAACUAUCUCCUCAUUUUCAUCACUUUUUAAUCGUUCAUCACUCUUUUUUUUCAAUUCAUCCCAAUAAUUUUUCUUAUAAAGAAAAAGCCUCAGAGCCCACCAACAUGCAUCGAUCAAUCAAUAUACAGAAUUCGCUCCCUUAUGAUCUUGCCCUCAAAAUCGCCUCAUCUCUUCAGGUUUUUGAUGUGUGUUCAUUAGGCAGUUGUUCGAGGUUUUGGAGGGAGCUGUGUGGGUCUGAUUGUUUGUGGGAGGGUCUAUGCAAAGACAGGUGGCCUGUAAUUUUUGAGGAUCAGAAUUAUCAGAGUGAAACCUACGAUCAGAAAUUGACCUCCAAUUCGAAGGGAUGGAGAGGUUUGUACGUAAGCAAGCACAACGAGAUGGCAGGAAAAGUAGAGUCAGUCGCAGAUUUUGUGGAAAGAGCUCUAGCUUAUGAAUCCAUCGAGGUUGGGAACUAUUUGAAGGCGGUCGAGCUAUUGAGCUCACAUCAGUUUGGAUUCAAGGAUGUUCAAAUGUUCUUGCUCAAGCCAAAGCUUAAUGUUCUGCUUAACUUGGUUGGCUUGCAUUACUGCAUCAUUUGGCUUGAAAUCCCGGCUGAGAAUGUGAUUGAAGCGCUCGAUAGCAGCGAGGUCUCGGAUAGGCAAGUGUGUGUUCAAUGGUGGAAGCUCGGGAGGUGGUUUUACGGGUUUCGUCUACGGGACGAGUACCACUCGAAGAACGUCUCAUUGGGCGAUCUCGCCGCGUCUAACGAGGAAGUGCUCGGCGUGCUCCAUCGUGGCGCGAUCCACGAGGUCAUUCGUGUUCAGAUUUCUGUGGCUAAGUCAGCUCAUACGUCUUGGUCACACCAAGUUGCUCAAGUGUAAACAAGUGGGGAAAAAAAGGUUUGAUUAGUCAACUGUGUGAAUAUAUGCAAUUUCUUCAUUUUUCUCUUAAAAUGUAUAAUCAUGUAAAGUUUGUAUAGAACUGAUUUUUAUGCUCAAAUCUGGAAAAACAAUGUAAUUGUAAAAUUGGCUUUGUUAAUUAAUAAAAAGGUGUUUGUACAGUACAAA